AUGCUCGGUAUCUGGGCGCGGUCGUGUCUGCGGCCCCCAGUCCCCACACUCUACCUCAGAUCCACAAUACUCGCCACCACUCGGAAUUAUCAUGUCGGCUCGUCCGCUGCUCGUGCUCUUCGCGAUCUGAAACGCGAAACAGUGCCCUGGCCAUCGUCCAGGACGUUGCUCGUGAAAUCAUGGCCAACUCGGAGAUUCAAUUCGACCGAGGCCUCCCUUGCGUCGACUCUACCGCCACCUACCCCGAAGCCGAAACAGUCCGUACUGUCGCGUCUGUCGUUUUUCUCCAAAGGUCCGAAGGGGUCCUCGUCGUUCCGGAAAAUAAUUGCCCUCGCGAAGCCGGAGCGGAAGCCUCUGCUGAUUGCGGUCGGACUCUUGCUGGUGUCUUCCGCUGUGUCUAUGAGCGUUCCGUUCACGAUUGGGAAACUGAUUGAUUUCUUCACAGCACCAAAUCCUCAAAUACCGCUGGGCCUUUCGCUAUGGGGGGCAUCCACGAUUCUGAUGCUCGUGUUUACCCUCGGAGCAAUUGCGAAUGCUGGACGCGCCAUGCUGAUGAGGCUAUCAGGUCAACGGAUUGUCGCUAGACUCCGCGAACGAACGUAUUCCGCUGCUCUCAAGCAAGAAGUUGAAUUUGUUGAACGCGGCGAAGGGGAUGUCUUGAGCAGGCUCAGUGUGGAUACAAGCAUCGUCGGAGAAAGUGUCACCCAAAAUCUUUCUGACGGACUUCGAGCGAUUGUUAUGUCCACUGUUGGAUUGGGGGCCAUGUUUUACGUGUCUACCAAACUGACAGUGUUAAUGCUCGCUGUCGUUCCUCCCGUCUCCCUUGGAGCUGUAUUUUACGGUCGCUAUCUCAAGAAGCUGUCGAAUAAAACGCAGGAGGCAAUGGGAGAAAUGACCAAGGUUGCCACAGAAUCUCUGUCUGCCUUGCGAACCGUCCAAUCCUACAAUGCCAUCCCACAAGAAGAAGAGAAAUUCCACGAGAGGGUGAACAAGGUCGUUGCGUUGGCUCGACGAGAAGCCAUCGCAAGUGGAAUUUUCUUCGGAACUACUGGUUGGAGUGGAAACGUUACCCUUCUUGCCUUGCUAGGCUACGGUGGUACUCUGGUUUCGCAUGGCGACAUCUCCGUUGGAGAUUUGACCAGUCUGCUGUUGUAUACCGUCUACGUGGGCAGUGGCUUGCAGAUGCUUACGUCUUUUUUCUCGUCCAUAAUGCGAGGAAUUGGUGCUGGAGAACGUGUUUUUGAAGUCAUGGACAGGACCCCUGCUAUUCCUUAUGCAGAAGGCAUUGAGGUCCCGAAAGACCGUCUUGGGGUCAUCAAAUUCGAGAAAGUUGGUUUCGAGUAUCCCAGCCGCAAGGGUGUUGAGAUUCUGAAGGACUUCAACUUGAAGCUUGGUAUUGGUGAGAGUGUUGCUAUUGUAGGUGAGAGUGGUGGCGGAAAAUCGUCCGUCCACUCGCUCCUUCUGAGAUACUACGACCCGGUUCAAGGGAAGAUCACCUACGACGGCCAAGACAUUCGCGAAUUCUCUACCACUUCCUGGCGUCAGAUCAUCGGCGUCGUGCCUCAAGACCCCGUCCUUUUCACAGGCACGAUUGCAUCGAACAUUGCCUUUGGGAACCCAGACGCUACGCGUGAGCAGAUCGAGCAGGCUGCCCGCGAGGCGAAUUGUGAAUUUGUCUGGGGCAUGCCGGAUGGGUUCGACACACACAUUGGCCGCCUGAGCUUGAGUGGCGGACAGAGGCAGCGUUUGGCAAUUGCCCGUGCGUUGCUGAAGAGGCCAGUUAUUCUGGCCCUGGAUGAGGCUACGAGCGCGUUGGAUGCAACAUCUGAACGCAGGGUCAAUGACGCAAUCGACAAGAUCUUAAGAUCAAGGAAUACGACCGUUCUGUUUGUUGCGCAUAGGCUGUCGACCAUUGCCCGUGCAGAGCGUAUCGUCGUACUCGAAGGCGGUCGGAUAUCCGAAUCAGGAACGUACAACGAACUCGUCGGGCGGAAAGAUUCACGCUUCCGUGCUCUUAUGGCUGCUCAAUUGAAUGCAGCAGCCGGCGAACACCUGCCCUCAUACUCCGAAGCUACGGAAGAGGAAGAACACGACGAAGAGAUAAAAGAAUUCGAGGACACACCAUCCAAAGAGGAAGUUCAUCACGCUCCAGCAAAAUCAUAG